AUGCUCAAUAGACGUAUCAUUACAAACACCAUAAGAAAGAAUGCCAGAUUGAUGAACACGUUGCCUCUUGUUACCAGAGUGACAGUUCCAACCAUCAACCAUGCCAUUAGGAGGAACCUCUCAGAUGUGCAACAACAAAGGAGAGGAUUCCACUACACCGCGAUCAAUCGUGUGGAGUUGCGUAUGAACAAGGACCAACAGGAGGAGCCUGCCUUGAAGAAAUAUGCCACUGAUUUGACCGAGCUGGCCAAGAAUGGUAAAUUGGACCCAGUCAUUGGUAGAGACGAGGAGAUCAAGAGGACCAUCCAGAUCCUCUCUCGUCGUACUAAGAACAAUCCUGUCUUGAUUGGUAAUGCCGGUACAGGUAAGACUGCCAUUCUUGAGGGAUUGGCGCAGAGAAUCAUCAAGGGUGAAGUUCCUGAGAGUAUGAAGGACAAGAAAGUCAUUGCACUAGAUUUAGGGUCUUUAAUUAGUGGUGCCAAAUACAGGGGUGAAUUUGAAGAACGUCUCAAGGCGGUAUUAAAGGAGUUGAAUGAUCAGACUAUUUUGUUUAUUGAUGAGUUGCAUAUUUUAUUGGGGUUAGGAAAGAGUGAAGGUUCGAUUGAUGCAUCUAAUUUGUUAAAGCCUGCAUUGGCUAGAGGACAAUUACAAUGUUGUGGUGCCACGACUAUUGAUGAAUAUAAGAAGUACAUUGAAAAAGACGUGGCGUUGGCGAGAAGGUUUCAGCCAAUUUUAGUCAAUGAGCCAAAUGUUGAAGAUGCAAUUUCAAUCUUGAGAGGUUUAAAGGAAAAAUAUGAAGUCCAUCACGGUGUUAGAAUCACAGAUAGUGCAAUAGUAACUGCUGCCGUUUACUCCAAUAGGUAUAUCACUGAUCGGUUUUUGCCCGAUAAGGCCAUUGAUCUAAUUGAUGAGGCUUGUUCUUCCUUGAGAUUACAACAUGAAUCUAAACCGGAUGCUAUCCAAGAAUUAGACAGGUCCAUCAUGACAAUUCAAAUUGAGUUGGAGAGUUUGCGCAAGGAAACCGAUGAAAUCUCCAAGGAACGUAAGAAAAAAUUGGAAGAGACUCUCAAAAUCAAGCAGGAAGAGUUGAAGGAAUUAACUCAAAUUUGGGAAUCACAAAAGGAAGAGUUGGAAAGAAUCAAGCAACUCAAGUACGAAAUUGAAACUGCUAAAAAUGAUUUGGAAAUUAAGAGAAGAGAAAAUAACUUUGCAGAAGCUUCUAAAUUACAAUACGAUACAAUUCCUAGUCUUGAACAUAAGUUGAAUGAGCUAAUCAAGGAGCAGGAGAAGGAGGACAAAAAUUCUUUACUUCAUGAAUCCGUCACUAGUGAUGAUAUUGCCCGCGUUAUAUCAAAGGCAACAGGUAUACCAGUUACUAACAUGAUGAAAGGUGAGAAGGAUAAGUUACUUUACAUUGAGGAAUCACUUAAAGGUAGGGUUGUUGGACAAGACGAUGCAAUUGCUUCAAUUGCGAAUGCAAUUAGACUCCAGCGUGCUGGUUUAACCGACGAGAAGCGUCCUAUUGCCUCGUUCAUGUUCCUUGGCCCAACUGGUACAGGUAAGACUGAAUUGACGAAGGCUGUUGCUGACUUUUUAUUUGAUGACGAAAAUGCAAUCAUCAGGUUUGAUAUGAGUGAAUUCCAGGAAAAGCAUUCCAUCAUGAGGUUGAUUGGUGCACCACCAUCUUACGUUGGUUAUGAAGAAGGCGGUGAACUAACCGAACAAGUUAGACGGAGACCUUAUAGUGUUGUCCUAUUUGAUGAAUUUGAGAAGGCCCACAAGGAUGUUUCUAAAUUACUAUUACAAGUUCUAGAUGAGGGUAAAUUGACAGAUUCUCAGGGUAAUAAGAUUGAUUUCAGGAACACUUUGAUAGUUAUGACCUCCAACAUUGGACAAGAAUUAAUGCUACAAGAUAAUCCAAACAAGGAGGAGGUUAUGAACCUCAUGAAGUCAUACUACUCGCCUGAAUUUAUAAAUAGAAUCGACGAGACUGUUAUUUUUAACAAAUUGUCCAAAGAAGCACUAAGGAAGAUUGUUGACUUGAGAAUCGACGAGCUACAAUCACGUUUGGUGGAGCGUCGGAUAGAAUUGAAGCUUGAUGAGGCAGCCAAGGAAUGGCUAACUGAGAAUGGUUACGAGCCAAGGUAUGGUGCUAGACCAUUAAACAGGUUGAUCAAGAGGAAGGUCUUGAACCCAAUGUCUGUCUUGUUAUUGAAAGGUGAGAUCAAGGACGGUUCUGUCGUUGAUAUCACAGCUAAAGAUGGAGAUUUGGUAAUUACACCAACCAAUGAACCAGUGGAAUGA